AAAGGGCCACAGGCUGUCCUCCCCGUGCCUUAGCUCCUUUCACCACAACGUUUCUGGCGAGGUACCCGAAAGUUGCCAACUUCUUCUCGUUGCCGGGGCUCCUGUGCACAGCUGCCAGGUGCUGAAGCUUUUCCUAGCCCCCAGGCUCAAGUGACAACGACGGUUUAGAGGCGGGGAGAGAUCGAGAGAUCAUCACCUGUUGGAUUUCACCGUAUGUUAAAGACACAGGAGACCUCUACGAACCAGCAGCUAACGUGUGCAUUAGUGGCAAUGGAGCGCCUCGUUUCCUAAUAACGCAAAGGGAGCCCAGCCAGUCGAGGGAGCGGAGAACCUCCAGAGUCACGCAGGGGGCCGAUCCCGACGCUGGGGAUCGGUCCCUCCUCCUUGCCGGGGUUUUCUCGCUUGCUGCCCACCCCCUUCUCUCUUCCCCAUCCUUUUUUCCCUCUCCUGGUCCAGCAACAGCGAUUUCACUUUCACAGCUGCUGCUGCUGUUGCCGCCGCCGCCAACAACAAGCCUAAGUGAUCCGCUGUCUCUCCUCCUCCUCCGCCCCGCCCCCCCCGCCGAUCUAUUGGAGAUGGGAUCGCCUCCCAAACCUUAGCAUGCUUCUUCGGCACCGGGGGAACCGACACCUCAUUUGCUGAGCCAGCCACCGGCAGCUCCAUCUCCCCACUGACCACCCCAGAAGAAAAACAAGAUGCUGUUGAACAGUAACCAUCCCUCUCUCUUCUCCCCCUCUCCUUGCAAAUCUCCCAAGAGAGAGAAGCUAUAAUAACAAAAUCAUUGUCUUGUGUUCCAAAGCAGAUAUGCCCUCAUGAGCGUCUGUUCUAAUGCAGCCAAUGGUCAUGCAGGGAUGCUCUUUCACCCUCCCCAGAUGUCAUGAGUGGCAUGCCACAGGCCAAUCUCGUCGCAACAGCACCUCCCAUGCACAGUCUCAGGUUAAAGCAGCCCAAGAUGGUGCUGCACCAGCCUGUGUGAGCCAAAAGCCUCUGAAUGGUGCCAUUGGGCCACAGAUGCCUCUUGAGAUGAAUCUCUGCUGGAAUGAGAUUAAAAAGAAAUCGCACAGCCUUCGGGCUCGCUUGGAAGCCUUCUCAGACCACAGCAGCAAGCUGCAGAUUCCCUUGCAGGAGAUCAUAGACUGGCUCGGCCAAAAAGAUGAGGAGCUCUCCGCCCAGCUGCCACUCCGUGGGGACGUCCUCUUGGUUCAGCAGGAGAAGGAGAGGCAUGCGGCAUUUAUGGAAGAGGUGAAGUCCCGGGGGCCCUACAUUUACUCCGUCCUGGAGUCUGCUCAGGCCUUCCUCACUCAGCAUCCAUUUGAAGAAGUGGAGGACUCCAAUUCCGACAGCAAAGAUGUUUCCCCAAGACACCGUAUCCAAAACAUCAGUCGUUUUGUGUGGAAACAGGCCACUGUGGCCAGUGAACUGUGGGAGAAGCUCACUGCCCGCUGCGUCGACCAGCACCGCCACAUCGAGCGGACCUUGGAGCAGCUGCUGGAGAUCAAGGGCACCAUGGAGGAGCUCAGCACAACCCUCAACCAAGCUGAAAGUGUGAGGGAGACUUGGGAGCCCAUUGGAGAUCUCUUCAUCGACUCUUUGCCGGAACACAUCCAGGCCACCAAGUUGUUCAAAGAGGAGCUGUCCCCCAUGAAAGAUGCAGUGAAGCUUGUGAAUGACCUUGCACAUCAGUUGGCUAUCUCCGAUGUGCAUCUGUCCAUGGAGAACUCUCGUGCCCUGGAACAGAUCAACACACGUUGGAAACAGCUGCAGGUCUCCAUCAAUGACCGGCUGAAGCACCUUCAGGACGCACACCGAGACUUUGGGCCAGGAUCACAGCACUUCCUUUCAACCUCAGUCCAGGUCCCCUGGGAACGAGCAAUUUCUCCCAAUAAGGUCCCAUACUACAUCAACCACCAGGCUCAGACAACAUGCUGGGACCAUCCCAAGAUGACUGAGUUAUACCAGACACUGGCUGACCUAAACAACAUCAAGUUUUCUGCGUAUCGCACAGCCAUGAAACUGCGCCGUGUACAGAAGGCCUUGCGAUUGGACUUGGUGACGCUACCAACAGCCUUGGAGGUCUUCAGCGAACAUGAGCUGCAGCCCAGCGACCAUGUGAUGGAUGUGGUGGAGGUGAUCCACUGCCUGACCGCCCUUUACGAGCGGCUCGAGGAGGAAAGAGGCAUCCUGGUGAACGUCCCCCUCUGCGUCGACAUGACCUUGAACUGGCUGCUCAAUGUUUUCGAUAGUGGACGCAGCGGGAAGAUGCGGGCUCUCUCCUUCAAGACAGGCAUAGCAUGUCUGUGUGGCACGGAGGUGAAGGAAAAAUUUCAAUAUCUCUUCAGCCAGGUGGCAAAUGCCAGCGGACUCUGUGACCAGCGGCACCUUGGCAUCCUUCUUCACGAGGCCAUCCAGGUUCCACGGCAACUAGGGGAGGUGGCAGCCUUUGGAGGGAGCAACGUGGAGCCCAGCGUUCGCAGCUGCUUCCGAUUUGGUAAUGGGAAACCAGCAAUUGAGGCUAUCCAGUUCCUGGAAUGGGCUAACCUGGAGCCACAGUCAAUGGUGUGGCUGGCAGUCCUGCAUCGAGUGACUAUAGCCGAGCAAGUUAAACACCAGACCAAGUGCUCGGUCUGCCGACAAUGCCCUAUCAAAGGAUUCAGGUACCGAAGCCUGAAGCAAUUCAAUGUGGACAUCUGCCAGACUUGCUUCUUGACUGGGAGAGCCAGCAAAGGCAACAAGCUGCAUUAUCCCAUUAUGGAAUACUACACAAUGACCACAUCAAGUGAGAACAUGAGGGACUUUGCCACCACCCUGAAAAACAAGUUCCGGUCGAAGCAGUAUUUCAGCAAGCAUCCCCAAAGAGGGUACCUGCCGGUCCAGUCCGUCCUGGAGGCAGAUUUCAUUGAAACGCCAGCCUCCUCUCCAAUGUUACCUCAUGCAGAUACUCACUCUCGGAUUGAACACUUCGCCAGCAGGCUUGCAGAGAUGGAAAGCCAGAAUUCCUCCUUUUACAACGACAGCCUUUCUCCGGAUGACAGCCUCUCUGUCCACAACAGGGAUGAGGACCAGUACCUUUUGCGCCACUCCAGCCCUAUUACAGACAGAGAACCGGUCAGUAGUCAGCAGCCCCAGGACAGCACCAACACAGACGACAAAGGGGAACUGGAGAGAAUCUUGGCGCACCUGGAGGAUGAAAACAGGGUUCUCCAGGGGGAGCUGAAGCGUCUGAAAUGGCAGCACGAGGAGGCAGCAGAGUCGGCAGAAGGAACUCCAGAAUCAGCACAGGAUCCACACAACGAAGAGCUGCUGGCAGAGGCCCGGAUCCUUCGACAGCACAAAAGCUGCCUGGAGACACGGAUGCAGAUCUUGGAGGACCACAACAAACAAUUAGAAUCUCAGCUGCAGCGCCUGAGAGAGCUGCUUCUGCAGCCUGGAGCAGAUUCCAAAGGGGAUGGCUCUACAGCCUCAUCCUUGGCUUCCUCUCCCCAUCCAUCAGAGGAGAGUCAGACCAGAGAAAAAGGCCCUGGCACUCCAAACACGGAAACUGCAGAUGAGGUGGAGGUGAGUACUCAGGACGUCAGUCUGUGUCUGGAGGAUAUCAUGGAGAAGCUUCGGAAUGCUUUUCCCAACACUGGAGGUCCGACUUCCCUUAUCUAACACCUCCUGCAAGUGAGAGGCUUUGUCUAACCAGUUCCUCAGCAGCUGCUACUCUCCCCUCCUCUCUCCUCCCCUCUGUGUGACAGACUUCACUCGGAUCCUUAAGGGGACACCCUCAGCAGAAGCUCACCAGAAUCCUUGCAGGGUUUGGCUUCCAGGAGAGCACUCCUUGGUGUAUCUACAGAGCAUUUCCUUUGGAAGGGCAAUCCAGGGUUACGUACCCCAAAUCCAGAUGUGGUCAAAACUGGAUGUUGUGACAUGUCUAGAUUCAAGGAACUCUGAAAGGAAGGAAACAAGGGCACAUGGUGGUGCCUUUCUGUGCAAACUACAAACUGACAUGAAUAGCUUUCCCCCCCACCCUCUACAGUUUGUGUUGUGGACUGUCGCUUUUUCUGGGCCAAUUUUGGGGUUGAGUCAGGAAGUGGCCUAUGGUGGAUUUUGGCCAAGUGAAAUGAUCUGUGGCCUUCACAGGAUGGUGGUUUUAUGGGGACUGGAAUUGUCUCACAGUGACCGAUAAACCAUGAAGAACCUUUAAGCUGGGAAGGAAUCCAAAACCCUUAUAAUAAUAAUGAAAAUCAGAAGAGUUGGUAUGUUGCAAAAGGAACUUGCAAGCGCCCGGGUACCUCCAUAUCUUCCAAGGUCAGUGGGAGGAGGAGACAAGGCCCAGAUUAAAUCUCAUGGGAAAAUGAGGGAGAGGAGCAGGCUUUAAAACAUAUUGUUCCAAUGGCAGUAACAGCAGCCUUAUGUGAGAGAAGCUUUAUAACAGAGAGCCUUAUUGUUUUAAUUUACAUAUUUAUAUAUAUACAUAAUAUAUAAAUACAUAUUAUAUAUAUUGUAUUUAAGCACUGUAAUGGACUUCCUCAUGCAUUAAAUUCUAAUUCCUUGUUAUGUGUUUACUUUGGAUUUGCAGUUCUGCUCUGUUCCAAAAUCUGCUUUUUUAUGUGACGGGAGGCAGCUCCCUCUCUUCUCUUUGUCUGCCCAGCAGCUUCUUCCAAAGAGCCUAGGCCUGCCUGCUUCCUUUUGGAGUUGGAAUAAUCUCCACCUGAGUGACCUCCUGCAAACAAAGGUGGUUGGGAGUCAGAAUCUGCUGGCAUCUAUAGAGUUUAUUUACGCCUUGUGCUAUGGGGUCCAGUCCCUCCCUCUUUGGAUCAAUUUGUGUGUGGCAAACUUAAGAAGCAUAUGCAUAGCUGCUAUCUUGAGCUUCCUAUGCGUAGUGGUCUUAACCAAGUCACACAGGUCAAAUGCAGUACAAAAUAUUCAGUUGCAAGGAGCACUUGAAAGCAUAGUAUAUCUGCGCUUCUGAGUGACCAAAAAGGACUUCUUUUGAACUGCGCUCAGCAGCACAGCUAGUUAUGUUGGAAAAUAAACAGGUGUCCCCAUUUCCUUUCAGGUAGAUUGCAACUAUUCAGAAGGACUGGCGUCUGAAUAGUUAGGCCUCUAGUUAGGCUGGGUCGCUUAGAUUUAAGCUAGUGUGAUCCCUUAAUCAUUUUAAACAUGGGUGUAUUUUUAAAUCUGGGCUGUUGUUGAUCAGGCAGCUCAAGGCUCUUUCCUUUGUUAGCAAUUGCUACGGUGGAACUGCUGCCUCCAUAUCUCCAACUGAGAGAAAGUUAUGGAAUGUGGCUCAUUUCCUGGACUGAGAUAGCAGCGGCACCAGAUGUUCUGCAUCUCCCAUAGGCUACAAGACAAAAGAAAAGAAACAGAGAGGCAUGGCCCAAAAAAAAGCAUUGGAAACCACUGCCUUUAAGGUCAGCUCUCAGUGGUAUUAUGACCUUGAUUUGUGCAGUUCCCAUUCUAAUCCCAAACACACCGGAUUAGCACAAAGCAUACUAUGCCUUUCAUGUAGCCCAAAUCUUCUGAUGCUGCAGAAAUCACUUGGGUGCUGUGUUGACAGACCCUGGCUAUUCCAAGAGCAGUCUUGGCACAAGGUUGUUGUACACCACAAGUUUCCCGUUUAAACUUGAAAAUUUCUCACCUCUCCUCUUUAAGGAGGGGCAGAUAAACAUCACAGUCAUGGCCUAUUCACUCAGGACUUAUCCCCUAGUUGGGCACUGGGGAUCCAGUAGAAUCGACUGGCAUUGCAGGAUCCCCUGAAGCUGGUGUCCAUGAUAGGCUGUGUUUUGGGGAUGCAGGUGACAAAUUUACAAGGGAAAAGGCAGCUCAUGACAACUAAUGGAAGUGUUCUAGUGUAGGGAACUAUGCCCUAAAGCAAAUACCUAUGUUUGUUGGUUAAAGGUGCUAGUCCAUGGUAAAAGGCGAUUAAUAGUGUGCAGUAAAUUGUAAGCAAAGACAGUGUGUGGAAUCUAGUUUAGAUUUAAGCCUUUGCCUUUUGCUGCAUUCAGUGUUGUAUAUCAUGUCCGUGGCUGGUUCUUUGUGGGUGUUGCUUUCAGAGUAUAUACACAGUCAAAUCUGCUACCUCAAAAAAUAAAAAAGAUAGUUAUACAUUUGAGGUCUGCCUCAACUUUCAAGUAGCAGUAUUGCUAAAUGGCUGAACGCAAUCCCUUAAAAAUGCAAGUUAUAGAAUGGGUUUUGUGGCUGGUGGUGCUAUGGGUCACAAUGUAAUUUACCAGCAUUUAUGGAUUGUAAGGAAUGUCACAUGUGCUGAAAGCAUUGUAGGUUGUGAGGGUUGUUGUAGCACGUUGUCAUAAAUUUGUGUGGGGUUUAUGUUAGUGGACUGCUACAGCAUGUUGGCUGUUGAGAAUCUUGUAGGCUCCCAAGAAGAUGAGGAAAACACUAAACGAAGUGGGCUGAUUUGUGUCACACAGUAGCUGUAGAAGGAAGUGGGUUUUUUAGGCUAUCGGCAUUGUAGGCACUGCCAAUUAUACUGUGUGAGCAUGAUUUAAAGCAUGACAAAGAGCAUUCUGUUAAAUAUUCUGUAAUGGUGGACCUUUAAGUCUGGGCCAAGAAUGUUCUUAGUGGGCAUAUGCCAAUUCUUCCUCCCAAGGAAAUACUCUGGUUUGAUGGUUGAACCUCUAAAAAGCCUGGCAGAAAUCACCAUUGUACAGUGGUACCUCUGGUUAAUAACUUAAUUCAUUCUGGAGGUCUGUUCUUAACCCGAAACUGUUCUUAACCUGAGGUACCACUUUAGCUAAUGGGACCUUCCCCUGCACCGCCUCUGAGCGAUUUUUGUUCUCAUCCUGAAGCAAGGUUCUUAACCCGAGGUACUAUUUCUGGGUUAGCGGAGUCUGUAACUUGAAGCGUCUGUAACCUGAAGCAUCUGUAAUCCGAAGUACCACUGUAGUUGUUUCUGAAUUGUAUUUUAAAAUAAAACAAACACCACAUGCCAUCUUAGUUUUGAAAGAAACGGAAACUCCAUUUUGGAAUUGGGCCUCAGGUGGAGAUCCCCAGGGGUCACGUAGUUACUCAAACUAGCAAGCUUAGGGCAGAGACUGAGAACCUGUGCACCGCCAGUGAUUUGCUCUCAUCACCCUUGAUCACUGGCCAAGCUGGCUGAGACUGAUGAGAGCUAGAAUCCAAUAUUUGGAGACCCACAGAUUCCCUGUCCCUGCCUUGGCUUACAUGAUCUGCUGAGAGGAGGAAAUCUGUGUCCUGUGUUUCCUCUUUUCAUGUUUCUGAAGGAACACAUAGUGUUUCUUUCUUGAGGUGAGAAGCAUGUUUCUGUUUCCUAAAGUGGCACAUGAGCUGCAGUGCAAGCUAAGCAAUUUUAAGUCUGGACGUAAUGAUCCUGGCAUUCAAAGAGAACAGGCUUGGGGAAUGUAUAUUGUUUUACUUUAAAAUAUGGUUAACCCAGCCCUCCUGUUUCUUUCUGCUGAAUGAAACCCUGGACUUUGGUCCCAAAGUCCUGUCAUUAUGGAACUACUGUAUGUGAGUUAAGUGCUGAUAUUGUAUAUGAUCAGGAGCUUGGUACCCACGUUAGCCUACAAAACCAGGAUAUUGACAAAUGGCAAAUCCACGCUCAUGGGUAGUCAGAUGCAAAGGAAGAAUAGGGGCUUUCAACUAGGAAAUCAACAAAUCUGUUUCAGUUUCUCGUUUUCCCACAUCAGCUCAUAAUUUCUUUUUUAAAUAACUCCAUGUGAAAACUCAUCAGCAUAUGAUGUCCAAAGGUUCUCUAAUAUAUUUGAGUACAUUUUGUGUAAUAUACACAUUUUUGCAAAGCAAUUUGCCCUAAUAUAAUGCAUUUUGGGAUAUGUUAUUUUCUUGAAUUUUCAUAUAUGCAUAUUAAUGGACAUUUUACUGUGAUAUAGUGCAUUUUUUUGUACACGUUACAUGGCUUGAGGAAUGCAUUUGCGGAAGUGCAACUUCUGAAGGACAGCUGUGUUUCGGUUCUCAUGUGGCUUUGGAAAGUGUGAAUUAGGUAGAAUCGCCUUGUUAUGUAAAAUAAGUACAGGUAACUCACAGCUUAUGUGUGUUUAACAUGUGUGAUUUCAACUUUACGCGGUUGAAGGCCAGCUGGUUGAAAUCAAACAAAUUAAAUGCAUGGGAGGCAGAGAGCUUAAAUGUUCUUUUUGCACAGGGUUUUCCCGAUGCGGAAAGGGCUUUUAAGCUCUCAGGCUUGCUUACCAAGCUGGGCGGGGGGGGGGUUGGUCCAUUUAGCAUGCAGGCUCUGGAACGUAAAAUUGUGUGGAGGCGGUUCCAAGGGGGUGGUUUGUGUAUAUGCAUUUUUGCAUAUACGUGCCAUCCCUGGAAUGUACCCCCACGCAAGACGUGACUGCAUUGUACUUUCUUUCUUUCCCUUCCCUACUUUUAACCUUUAACUCUUGUAUAGAACAGGUAAUUUGUGGUGGGGCAGUUUUUCAGUCAGAAGCGUGGAGAGAGCAGCACAUACCCAAAUCCCAUCUUCCACCCAAUUCUUACAAGGCAGAGAAGCCCACUCAUUCAUCCAACUGGUCUUAUCUACCCCUUGGUGCUCUUCCUUCAUCUCGUCUGCAGUGGCCGAAGACAGAAUGUGGACAAUAUUGUUAGUAGGCCAUAUUAAGAAACCUAUGUUGUUUAAUCUGAUCGCUUUCUACAGUGCUAAGAUGUGUAGGUUCUCGAUUCUUUUGUUUGUAUUGAUAGUAUUGCAGCAUUAUUCUAAAAUUUUAUGAACCAUCACCCAAGCUAAUUUACACGUUAAGCCAACCAAUUUACUUAUCAAAAGUAAAACCUUAAGUCUUGUGCCUCGUCUGCCCCUAGCAUUAGAGGAAUUGCAAUUGCCCAUUGCACUUGGCAGAAUUUGUGUUGCAUUUGAAGUAUAUAUAAUUUAUUUUCCAGUGUGUCAAUAAGAGACAGAAACUAAUAUGGUGAGAGGCCUGAAAAUUGUCCUGAAAUGGACAAUUGCUCUGUAGCAUGUGGUGGAUCCCUCAAUCUUAUACUUUCAUUAUUAGUUCUCCCCGCCACCCCAUCCCACUUUCUGAAUAACAUUGGGAACCCAGAACCCUGUUCAUUAGUGUUGCAACUUCCCACUGCAAAUAACAAGAGAUUUCCUCUCCGCUGCCUACUCCCAGGAAUUUUGCUCAUCGCUUUCCUAGCUCUGCACAUAGAAGGACUGCAGUUUGGUCACUGGGGUGUGGGUGGGUGUUAAUCUCUGUGAAGCAAUUGAAAGGGACACAAUGAGUAAUGAGGGAUUUUUUCUAAAGGGAGCAGAACUAAUAAUGACUGGUUACAAUGUGCUGUCUUCACUCAAGUUUUUUCCAUUUCUGCUUUGGGAAAAAAGAAUAAAUUUGUAUCUGAA